GGUCGCCAUCUUUCAGCCUUUCCGCCGACCGGCGCAACGGCGGCGAGGUCGCUGUUCGUCGGAAUGACCUCCCGUCCCGGCCCCCCACCGUCUGCGGGAGUCGUACGGUGGCGGGGAUCGCUGUUGCCAAUGGGGCAGAAGAUGGACUACCUUCUUCCAGGUAGAUGCAGUGCAGGCCCCUCGCCGCACCUGCGACGGGCUACCUCCUCUCCUCAGCCCAGAAAUCGGGAUAAUGAACAACAGAAUACUAUCGGGAAGAGAAACAGGAGCUUUGACCAGAGGCUAUGUGAAGACACUCAGGAUUGCUGUGCCUCAAAAACCGGGGUUUAAAGCUUUUGUGAAUGCAACUUCUCAUAAAGUCAGUGGCUAUUGCAUUGAUAUCUUUGAGGCUGCUGCAAAGAAACUACCACGUGUUCUUCAUUAUAAGUUCGUUGUCGUUGAUGGUUCUUAUGACGAGCUAGUAUGCAACGUGUCUUUGGGGAUCUACGAUGCAGUAGUGGGUGACAUAACUAUAACCGCAGAGCGAGCUGUAGACGUGGACUUCACGAUGCCAUACACCGAGUCAGGCGUGUCACUGCUUGUGCUCACCGAGAAUGACUCCAAGCCAGCAAUUGAAUGGGUGUUUCUAAAGCCAUUAACAACAGAACUUUGGUUAGCACUUAUGGGGGGAUUCUUCUUCACUGGACUUGUUGUGUGGACGAUCGAGUGGCCCAGAAACCCGGAGUACCAAGGAUCGAGUUUGAGACAGUGCAGCACUGCUCUCUACUUUUCUUUCUCUACUUUGACAUUUUCUCAUGGUCAAAUUAUUAGAAGCCCCCUGUCGAAAAUUGUUGUGGUGAUAUGGUGCUUUGUUGUGCUGGUUAUAGUGCAGAGCUACACAGCUAGCUUAUCAUCCAUUUUGACUGCAAAGAGGCUCCGGCCCUCAGUGACAGAUCUUGAGCAGCUCCGAUCAAAUGGUGAUUAUAUUGGAUACCAAUCUGGAUCAUUUGUACAAUCUGUCUUGAAAAAACGAGGCUUCAACGUUAAUAGGUUAAAUGCCUACACGAAUAAAACGGAAUAUGCUGAAGCCUUGAGAAAGGGGUCAAAGAAUGGAGGUGUCUCGGCUAUCGUUGAUGAGAUCCCUUAUAUAACCUCGUUUCUCUCUGACCCUAAAUACCAUAAUGAAUUCCAGAUGGUCAAUCGCAUAUACAAGACACCUGGACUUGGUUUCGUGUUUCCGAAAGAGUCUCAGCUGGUGCAUGAUCUUUCGGUUGCCAUCCUGGAGUUGACAUUUGGGGCUGAGGGCUCACAAAUUGAAGAGAAAUGGUUAGGCAAAGCGACACCAUUGCCGAGCUAUGGCAUGCCCAACACAGAUGCGGCACCUCUCACUUUGCAAAGUUUCUCUGGUCUCUUCAUCAUCACUAGUUCCGAGGGAGAUGGCGGAAGUGAAGGCCACGGAGGAUCUGGUCCGCUGCAGAACGGCACGGGCAACGGGUCUAUGGCUGAUCAACCCCACCAUGAAGCCAGAAAUGAGCAUCCUCAGGGUGUCAAUGGGAUCAGAGAAAGUCCUGGUGAUGUAGAACCCAAUGACUCUGUGCCCGAACCAGCCAUCCUAAUCGAGAUGAACACCCGAUGAGAUGCCGACAACUGUUCUGCAUAGCGCGCAUCAGAUCAGAAGAAAUGACAAAUACUUCUGUUCCAUCUUAUAUGGAUAUUCAGCAAUGUCAUAAGGGAAUGAGUGUAAGAAUGGGUGAUGGGCCCAAAUCAUAGCCUAGCUAGAAAUAGUAGUUUCAGUGACUGAUACCCAGAUUAAUUUAUUUUCUGAAUUGGUUGUCGUUGGUCUUAUUUUCAAAGAGUGUAUAGAUGAUCACUGACAGGCGAGUGCCAAGGAAAUCCUACUAUCUGCCCGAUUAUUAUGGGAACUAACAACAUUUGUCUGAUUUAUACUUUGUCACAGGAGGUAUAUACUGUA